ACGAAAAUCCCGACGACUAGACGUAGACAAGCCACGUCCAGUCGACGCGCGAAUCCUUCAUUAGUUUCAUUGUUUCAGUCCGGUUUUGGUCCUGGUACUCGAUUAACGAGUGGUCGUGCUUCUACGGCCGAAAUUGUUCAAAUCCUUGGACGAGGUUCGUCAAGCGUGCGAACGGCCGUUUCGUUGUCUUCCAUCAAGAUUGUCGUGAGGCCAAAAAUAAAUAUAACAACCAAUUGUUUAGUCGAUGCCGAAACCGAUGUAGCUUGUAGAUUUUUCCGUGCGACCUGAUCAUCACCUCAGGGACCAAAGGAGACGUUCCGUGUCCGGCGACCGGAUUUAAGACUUGAAGAGAUGUGAAAUGAAAUAGAAGUUAGAUCAGCAACUAGAACAACACUAACAAGAUGCACGGAUCGGCUGGCCUGCACUCGGCCAUGGCGAUAAAACGCCAGAGGCGGAUGCGGGAGCAACAGAAGAAACGGGUGGCCGAAAGGCGACUAUCAUCCAGAACCAGCAUGGAUAGCAUGGAUAGCAUUGAACGGUUGCCCAGCAAACACGUGUCCAGUCACGCGCCCCCAGACGCCCUGGCGACAUCCAUCGGCAUGCUGCAUUUGGGCGUGUGCUUCCUGGUGUUGGGUAUAUUUUUGAUCGGGUCCGGACUAUUGCCCGACGAUGUCGUUACUUGGAGAGGCGGGGGAUGGUGGAACGAGCUGGUGGUGACAGGGAUCUUCGUCACUGCUCUGGGAGUGUUUCUUAUCGGUCUGAACAGGGUUAUGAGUCGUAGGGAGGAGGACGAGUUGCAGGAUUACGUGGAAAGGCAAUUGACGAGAUCCAGAAGCGGACAUAGGUUGGAAAGAGACGUUGAAACUGGAGGUUUGACUACUAAGCAUCACAGGAGAUUUUUGGAAAAACAAAGGGAAGAUAAGGACCGGGGUAUAACUGAAUUGACACCUGUGCAUUCACCACAUCAGAAAACCGCACACACCAACAUUCACAACGGCGACAUUCAACUGGAAAAAAUAUUGGAGGAGGAUGUUUUCGAAAGACCUGAGAUGGAAUUCAGAAACUUGGACUUGAAAGAAACUAUGUCCAACACUACUACUGCCAGUUUGAGCCCCGGGACUCCGUCCGAGACCAGGGAACUGAUUUCCAAUGGGAGGCAGUACAGUUUCAAUUCCAGACAGUAUUAGAUGACGUGAUACCACUGAUAUUUUCUCGAAUGGGUUGAGGAUUUUGACGGAGAAUGGGAGAUGAUUUGUAUUCAAUUCAACCAGCUUCACGUUAAUAAAGCGGAAAGUUAAUCCUAGGCACGCAAAUCGGGAAUAUUAUGUCGUUCAUCGAUUGGGCCAAGAUUAAUAAAUGGAUCUCACACAUCAUAUCAGAGCAGCGUGACCUAUGAUUAAUUUUGGAGCUUGCUUUUCAGCUUCGGGUAUCCGUUUCAAAUAUAAAUCGUUUUUUUUUCGAAUAUAAACUAUUUUUUAUACAAAUUUGACUUAGCCAAUGGAAAGUAUUCAAUUUUCAAUUUGUAGAAUAGAAGGUGAGUUGUGGAAUACUGUAGGAGUAAUGAGUAUGGAAUAUACACCAAAUACUAAAUAUUACUAAAAAUAUAUUACAUACUAAUAAAUCUAUAGUAAAGUAGGUAUAUUGAAUUUAUUUUUAAUUAAUAACCAUAUUGAAAAUGUCAUACUCAUUGUUUCUAUUGUCGCCAAUCUUUAAAAUAAAAAACUGUGUACAAAGUUAUAUUAAUCUUAUGAACGACUUUUCUAUCUACUACAAAGCAAUGUUUCGUAAGUAGCUUAUAUUAAUGCUAGUUAAAAUGCAAGUAUUUAGCGUUUUCUGAAAACCUUGAAAAUUCUCGUGUUCAUAUCCCAAAAAAACACAAAAAAAUUUAUAUACAUAUUUACAAGGCACUUUUCACAAAAUUAGCACUGUGAUUUAAAGAAAUAUAUUAAACACAAUAUACUUACUUUUAUGUACAUAGAUUUUAUAAAGCUUUAGAAAAAUUUUGAAAUAUUUCUAUAAGCUUAAAGCAUUAUAUCUACUUCAAAUUAUCGUAUUUGUAAGAAACUUGUCCAUUAACAAUUAAACCUGUUUACUAUAUUCAAUGGUUUAGAUAAUAAAAAUCCAGAAUAUCUGGACUUGUUUAUUAAAUAGUA